AUUACGGUCCGUACCAGCGCUGACGACACCCGUCGACUACCCAGAUAUCUCUGCUCAACGACAAAGUUAUCGAAUUAAAUAAAAAUGUCCGUGUCUGAAUUCAGAAGGAAGAAGCUGCUCUUCGUUUUCAACGUGUUUUUUGAUGUCAAUCAAAGUGGAACAAUAGAAAGGAAAGAUUUUGAAUUGGCUAUAGAGAAAAUCUGCAGUCAGCGAGGCUGGAAACCAGGUGACGCUAAGCAUACUGAAACACACGAAGUUAUGAUUAAGAUCUGGGAUGGACUAAGAAAGAGGGCCGACUCUAAUAAAGAUGGUCAGGUGUCUGUUGAAGAGUGGGUGUCAAUGUGGAACGACUACGCCCUCAACCCAUCCGCGGCGUUAAAGUGGCAACAGCUGUAUUGCCACUUCAUGUUCCAGCUAGAAGACGCCAGCGCCGACGGAUCCAUUGACUGUGAGGAAUUCACAACCGUCUGCUCCUCUUAUGGCAUUGAUGUGCAAGAGUGUAAAGUUGCGUUCAGUAAGAUGGCUAAGGGCAAGAGCUCAGUGUCCUGGGAAGAGUUCCAAGAGCUUUGGAAGGAGUAUUUCUCUACAGAGGAUCCCAACGCCGCCGGCAAUUUCAUAUUCGGCCGAACUAAUUUCUAAACUUUGGUAACACCACGAUGUUGACAUAUAUAAAUCUCCUUCAACGCCAAGAAGGCAAUGCAAGUUUAAGAAGGCCAAUAGUCUUGAAGACUUGUCACAAAAUAAGAUCAAAUAUGACGAGUCCUCGAGACUAUGUAUGCACAAAAAUAAACUGUUUUAGAUAUAAACAAGCAAGGCCUCUUGUCAAUGUCUUUAAAAUGAUUUUACGUGUGUCUGUGUUCAGAUAAUUAUAGCGUAAUUUUUCAAUACUUUUCCUCGAUAGCGGAUCGAUUUGUGAAUUCGAAGGUAAUUUUAAUCGAGUUUUACUAAAGCUCAAGCAUUUAACUAUUUAAAAUGGUCGUCGGUUUUUUAGCAAGCCUUUGAAAUUUUCACACUUGCUCUGAUGGUUUACAAAGAAUACUUCCAUACGAUGCGGCUAUAUUAGUAUUAUAAUACUGCUCUGGUUAUCUGAUUUUAUUUAAUUUUAUAUUCUUCAAGUGGAUUGUGUAUGUUAUUAUUUACAUCACAAAUUAAGCUUAUAUCUUUUGUAUGCUGACCAACGACAUAUGUGGCCUUCGUUGUUCUUAUUUACUGUAAUUCUUAACUUAAACUUGAAGCUGAGCAACGAAGGCUGCAAAAUUUUCGUUUCGUCUCCGUAUAUAUUUUUAAUUUUGUUUUUCUUUUAAAAAUAAAAACCGAAGUCAUUUAUUUCAUAUUAGAAUGGAUAUUUUGGAUGGAUAUUUUAAUCUAUUUAUUAAUGUCGCUGUCCCUUGUGUUGUAUGCGUGCAAAAAGUUUUUGUAUUCUGUGCACUAGCAUGCUCUUAGUUUAACUAAAGUAGUCGCAUUUAUAAGAUCUCUUGGUAAGUCUUCAGUAGUUUCAUCUUAAACUUCUACAAAGCAAGUGUAAGACGUCUUACUAAAAGUUACGACACUUGAUCUACUUAGCGUUUCUCGAUUCUUAGGAUCUAUGGAAACAAAUGGAUUUCUCACUAUUACAUUGGAUAGCAUAUCUGUAGUCAUAUCUUAUGAUAAAUUCUACUCAUAUUCUAGAAUGUACCGUCACAAUUUUAACCGAAUUACAAUUUAUUAUAGUUUUUUUUUUUAAAUUAUGAUAUAAUUGUUUGUCAGUGUUCGUUUAUUGAUGUUCUCAUAAAAGAUCUCAUAAGUGUUAUAAAUAAAUCUUUUAGAUUAAAAUAUACAGUCGAUAGCAUGUCAGGUUAUACAAGAUUGCUCACUCUAAAGGUGUUGAUAUUCAAGUUCAAAAUCGUAUGCUGGAAUUUCCUAUUUUGUGGUUUCUUAAUAUCAAAUUUUGUCGCAAUAAAUAUGAAUCUAACUCUACAUUAAAUAUAACAGUUUUAUAUAAAUUGACGUGUUAUUGACUAUAAACUUAAUCAUUCUUUGUAAAGUUUUAUUGUUAUGGUAUUUGAUGAAGUUGGUUAAUUACAUAUUUCUGAUAAUAUUUAGAAAUACUUUACGUUAUUAUAAAGUGAAUUUAUUCUCAAGCCUAUAUUAUAUAUGUGAAUCAUUGGGUUGCUCUAUUGAUAUAUAUGUAUAUUUAGGCAUAAUAGAUUAAUAAAUGUAUGUAAAUACU